AUGGCGAUGGCUGCUGCUGCACUGUCCUUAUCACCGAUGAGGCAGCGGAAGCAAGAGAAUGAAUAUGAUAUACGGCUCAAGAUCAUUAUAAUAGGGGACGCUGGAUCCGGAAAGUCAUGUAUAAUACGACAAUUUCUCGAUGGUGUAUUCAACGACCAAUCUGAGCAUACUAUAGGGGUAGAGUUCGCCAGCAAGGUCAUUAAGGUCAAUAGCAAACGGGUGAAGCUACAGAUAUGGGAUACAGCAGGCCAACAGAGGUGUACAGGGUACCGUAGUGUAACACGGAGUUAUUAUGGAGGUGCAGCUGGUGUGGUACUAUUGUAUGAUAUCACAUCAAGAGAGAGCUACAACCAUCUACCAGGAUGGCUUCAAGAUGCUCGAUGUCAGACAGGCCAGAAAGACUUGUCUGUGGUCAUAUUAGGAAACAAGAAAGACCUUGGGUCUGAUCAACGAGAGGUAUCCUUUCUUGAGGCAAGUCGCUUCGCCCAGGAGAACUCGGCUUUAUUUAUGGAGACAUCAGCUGCUACAGGAGAAGGUGUACAAGAAGUAUUCCGAACACUGACUACUCGUAUAUUCAACAAGAUCGAUGAAGGACUACUGGAUCCACGAUCGAUAACCAUUCCUCCAUCACCAUCUCCUCAUCCUCCUCCACCACCACCUGUCGCCACACAAGAUGAUAUAUACAAUACGAACACUGCUGGUGGGAUAGUUCCCACACCAUGGUGUCUGCCAGCAUUGCUAAUAGCGUGCUGGCGUGGUGAAGAGGGAAAAGAUGGUACGCCAAUGAAGAGGAUGGGUCAUGAGAAUGAUGACAUGUCCACUGUAGAUGCCAGUGCUGUUGCUGCUGCUCAUAAUGAUGAACCCACUCCAUACCUAUCGAUGCAAGCAAAUAAUCGGUUCUUCGUUGGGCGAGUCAAUCUCGAGAACGACAUAGCAACUCUCAUGACAUAUGACCAUCAGUCGAUCGAGAUGCCUCUGUCACUACUGCCAGAUCCUUUGGUAGCAGGCGAGGUUAUGAGUAUGAAGGUAAGUCGAGACCCUUCCGUAGAGGAUAAGAGAAUGCAAAGGAUAUUCCAACUACAGAAUGAUAUUGCUGAAUACCUCAGGGAUAAGGACACAUUGGAGCAGGGUGACGAUGCUCUUUGA